AUGGCCACUGCAAGGGAUUCGGGCUUGGAAGCCCUUGAGAAGCUUAAAUCAACUGAGCCUCCAGUUUUUCUUGCGCCAAGUUCGAUAUCUGAGGAUGCUCGUGUCGCCUCUCAGUAUCUCUUCACGAAGUUGAAGCCGUACAACCCUAAGUCUCCGUUUGAUAAGCUCUUGGUUGAUGGGUUUGAUGCGGAGCAAAUUUGGCAGCAAAUUGAUAUGCAGUCUCAACCUCUCUUGUCAAACUUGCGGCAGGAACUUGGUGCUCUUUUGGGUGAUGGCAACGAAGAUGCAGAAAAAUUGAGAAUGCCGAGGUAUAAAGAUUUCUUUGGCGGUAAAAAGGAGACAAAAAUGACGUUUAACGAUGGAAUUGAAGAUGAGGAAGCUGGAAAUGAAAACCAAGGCAAUGGAAGACUCUCUACCCAUGAGAAAGACCUAGUAAAGCUUCAAUCCAAGAUUAAACAGAUGGAGAAAGCAAACUUAGAUCCAAAACACUGGACAAUGCAGGGAGAGAUAAGUGCUGCAAAGAGGCCCAAGAAUAGUGCUCUAGAAGUUGAUUUAGAUUUUGAGCACAAUGCCAGACCUGCUCCUGUAAUCACAGAAGAGGUCACAGCCUCACUUGAGGAAAUGAUCAAGAGCAGAAUCAUUGAGGCUCGUUUUGAUGAUGUUCAACGAGCACCUAGUCUACCCACUAAUUCAAAAAGAGAAGCCAAGGAAUUGGACGAUAGUAAAAGCAAGAAAGGUCUUGCCGAACUUUACGAGGAAGAAUACGUUCAGAAGUCAAACCCAGCUUUUGCUCCAGCAACUUUCUCUGACGAACUUAAGAAGGAGGCAAGCAUGCUAUUCAAGAAACUAUGCCUGAAGUUGGAUGCUCUCUCUCACUUCCACUUCACACCGAAGCCAGUAAUACAAGAAAUGUCUAUACAGACAAACGUCCCAGCCAUAGCAAUGGAAGAGGUUGCGCCUGUGGCAGUCUCAGAUGCAGCAAUGCUUGCUCCAGAGGAAAUCUUUGCCGGGAAAGGCAAUAUUAAGGAUGAGUCUGAGCUUACGCAGGAUGAGAGAAAGAGAAGGAGGGCUAAGAAGAAGAGGAAGUUUAAAGCUGAAGCUGCAGGCCAACCUGUGAAGAAGGCACCAAAACGAAAACCGGUGGAUGAGAAAGAGCCAAAAGGAUCAGUUGUUGAGCGUUGCCUACUCAUUCAGUGA